AUGGACUUUCAAGUAUUUAUUUUUUGUGGGAAAGGCUACAAUUUGUUUCCCUUUACGCAGCGUAAAGAUGACUCUGGAGCUCCAAAAGCACUGCUUCCCAUCGCCAACAGGCACAUGAUUGAGUAUGUGCUCGAUUGGUGUGAUCAAGGUGGAUUCAAAGAAAUUAACGUUUUGGGAGAGGCCACAGAUGUUGCCAUGAUUAAAGAGCGUUUGAGAACGUAUAUCAAUGUGAGGGAGAGCCAAUACGAGAUCCUCUUGAAAAGCAUUCAAGCGCAUCAUGUACAACAGGUGCGUAAACCUGCGCCGAUCAAUUUCAUAGUAACUAAGGGAGAAACGACCGGUGAAGUGCUGUGCAACGAUUUGCGAGAUCGCAUCACAGGCGAUUUCGUUGUCUUGCCGUGCGAUUUCAUAACGGACAUUCCACCUCAAAUCUUGAUUGAUCAAUACCGUAACAAGGACUCCGACAAUCUGGCAAUGGCCGUUUAUUAUCGGAACGGGUUCCAGAAUAUAGACAAGAAACAUUUGAAACCGUCAUACAUCGUGUACUCAGAAAAUGAGAACUCCAUGAAACAGCCUGUUUUGCUAGACAUGUAUUCGGGUGACGACGUUGAACGGUCGAAAUAUUUGCAAAUCAGAACUCAAUUGCUUUGGCGGUAUCCAAACGCGUCUGUUUCCAAGAAAUUGCUCGAUUCAUUCAUCUACGUGUGCUCUUACGAUAUCAUCAAACUUAUUUCUGAAAACGAGAAUCCAAGAUUCCCGCCCGGUGGUGAGUCUGAGGAUUCUGACGAAGAAACUCAGAAUGCAACACAGCAGUCGUUGGUGAUCAAACCCAGCUAUUUUAACAAAAAGAAUAAGUUGAUACGAGAUUCCAUCAACGUCGAUAAGUCGCUAGACAAGGUUAUAAGAGACUUGGCGAGACGUUCCUGGAGACACGCCAAACUACGCGAGACUAUUGGCCUAUUUGUGCUUCCCGCGGGUGGUGCUUUUAUCAGAUCUAACAGCUUGACGGCAUAUACAGAGGCAAAUCGUUACAUUUUGAGGAUAAAAUCGUCUGUAAUGCAAUCGCAGCAAAUCACGGGCACGAACAUAGGUGCCGACUCCAUCGUGGGACCAAAUUGUAUUGUGGGAGAAAGGACCAGUGUGAAAUUGUCUGUGUUAGGCAGGGAUACCAAGAUUGGUAAACGCUGUCGUAUUGUCGGUAGUGUUGUGCUAGAUGGUGCCAUUAUUGACGACGAGAGUAUUUUAGAGAAUGUUAUCGUUGGUCCUGCCACUCAAAUUGGUAAAAAAUCAAGAUUGACAAAUUCCUACAUUGAGGGUUCCUAUAUUGUAAGCCCCAAGACGGUUUUGAAGGGAGAAACUUUAACGCACAUUCAUUUGGAUGAGAUACUCACAAGUGAGGAGAUGACAGAUUCUACCGAUGACGAUGAAUCUAGCGGUUACACGGAGGAGUAUGUGGAUGACGAUGAAUUCGAGGACGACGGAUUGUUUGAACGAUAG